UCUCUCCGUGAUGUGUGUGGGCCCACUAGCCACCGCAGCGCAGCGCUCCCUCCGCGGCGGAGAUGGCGGCGGCGGCGGCGGAGGAUGCGGCUGUGCCCUCGCCUCCGCCGAGCUUGCUGUCGCUGUGCUUGGAGGCGGUGGCCUCCCACCUCACCGCCGGCGCGGGGGGCGUCGGCCAAGCCGGUGGCCGGUGGGGCCGCGACCAUUACGACGGCGGGGAGGGCGGCGGCGACACGAUGAUUACGCCGGAGGAGGUGGCGGAGGCGCUGCCCUGGGAGCUCCUCCACCGCCUCGCGUCCCUCCUCCCGCCCGCCGCGCUCGAGGCGCUCCACCACGCCGCCCACGAUCGGUGCUGCUUUUCAGCUGCCACUGCUGCUGUUGGGUUUGCGGGACCUGAUGGUGAUAGACGUGGGAUAAAACGAUCAAGGUGUGAGGAUUUCAACCCUGAAUGGCAAGCAUUGUUCGGACUUCGUUGGCCCCGUUGUGAUAAUGCUGGACAUGAUGGCUUGCUUACUGUGGAUUGGCAGCGACAGUAUUGGGAAAAGCAUCUGCAGGAGUGCCUUGACGAAGCUGCUGAGAGUGCCUUGCUUCCUUCUUUUUGUGGCAGUAUUGAUGAGCUGACUAUACCAGCUAAAAUCGUGAGUUGCAUUCUCCACACCAAGGACAUACCUCAACAGUAUUCAAGAUUGUCGUUUCAUUGCAGCAGUUUUGGCUGUUACGCGAGGUGUUUGAGAUUGCAAAGUGUUCUUUGCACAGCAGAAAUUUCUGAUUUGUUGCAAGGUAGCAAGCUGGAAAAGUUGAUGUUUGUAAGAAUUAUAUCAGACCUGGAGGUUAAUGGUGUAUGCAUGCUUCUGAGCUGCCAUGCAGAGACAUUGCUUUCUCUUGAAUUUAUCCAUUGCCAGCUUUCUCCAGCUGUCAUGGAUAAAAUUUGUAAUAGUGUAUUGCAGAAAGGAUCAGUAAACCAUGGAAUCCAGAACUUCAGUAUUAAAUCGUCACGUAUUUGUGAAAGCAAUACUCUAAACAUCUCUGCUGGCUUAUUAGAUUUUCUGUCAAUGGGAAAGUCAUUACAAUGGCUAUCACUUAACGAUACUAAGAUGCAGCCAUUAUUUGCUAAAAUAAUUGUCCAUACUCUUCUUGGAUCAUCAAGUGGCAUACGAACUCUUGAGAUAUCAGAAAACAAUAUUGCAGGCUGGUUAAAGACAAUGGAUAAAAGAUUUGCAUGCUUUUCAUCAGCACUGGAGUCAAAUAUUUCUUUGAACUCCUUGACCCUUCUUAACCUGAGGGGUAACAAUUUGAACAAGGGUGAUAUUGAAGAUCUAUGCAAAAUCCUAGUUAAGAUGCCUAACUUGAGAGAUUUAGAUAUAAGUGACAAUCCGAUCAUGGACGAAGGAAUCAGAUUGCUUAUUUGUUUUAUUUCACGGACCCUUCGCAAGGAAAAAUCACUUUCAAGGUUAAGAGCAGAGAACUGUGACUUGACCAAUAUUGGUGUGACUGAACUUCUUGAAUGCCUUUCAUCUGUGAGUGAACCACUUAAUCUGUUGUCUAUAGCGGAUAAUCAUCUGGGCAGUUCUGUUGCAGUUGCAUUGGCGAAAUUUUUGGGUUCAGGUGUAAGGGAGCUAAAUAUUGAAGAUAUUGGCUUUGGGCCACUAGGCUUCCAAAUCCUUGAGGAAGCAUUACCAGCGGAUGUAGCCCUUUCCCAUAUAAAUGUCAGUAAGAAUCGUGGUGGGAUUAGAGCCGCACGAUUUGUUUCCCGAUUAAUAAAACAAGCACCAGGCCUUGUGUCAGUCAAUGCAGGGUCUAACCUCUUGCCUCCUGAAUCUAUGGAAGUCAUCUGUGAUGUCUUGAAGCAGAAAAAUACAUGUAACCUGGAGCGGUUGGAUCUGAUGGGCAACAUGCAUUUGUCAGAUGCUGCCUUUCCUGCAGCACUUGAAUUCAGGAAGCACGGAAAGCAAAUCCUGAUUGUUCCUUCACAGCCAGGUGCCUGUGCUCCAUAUGAUGACGACCCAUAAGCAAGACCUGUUAUAUUGAUAAUCAUGUAACGUGCUUCGGUAUCUGAAGCGGGACUCGACAAUGAAGCAUCCGCAUGCUGGUUUUGUGGCGGUAUGGCUCAUACCAUGGCUUGUGGCAUGCCUUCCUGCUGGGAAUGGGUUAAUGUGCUGGAUCGAGAUGGAACCAAUUGUUGGAUCAGUUUGCUUGCCAGGUAUUACUCCCUGGCCUAUUUCGGCCUGGGGAUAUUGCUGCGUCGCCAGCAUCACCUGCAUCAAUCAGUGUGGUGGCAUCUAUGUUGGAGAUGGGACAACGAUGAUUGACUUGUGAGUGUCAUGAUUGAUGGAAGAAUGUUGUAUCAUCUUAGUGGGUAUGGGGCAGUGUUAUGUUUUGAUCCAGGAAAGGGAAAUGAUUGAGUUCAUACUUCACACCCCUCCUUGGAAGGUGAGUUUUUGUAAGUUGGAUCAGUGUACUAUAUCUAAUAUCCCAUAUCAUGUUGAGAUCCUAUUGGAUAUUAUACGUGUUUCGUAUGUGUUGAUACAUUAUUUAGAUUGAGAUGACCUACUUUUAGGCUCUGGAGAAGACAUAUCUUGAAUAGAUUUGUCUUGCAUGCCGUCCUUA